UGUGUUUUUCUCCCUGCUGCUGACGGAACACGGCUGGCUUGACUGUGGUCCUGAGGAGGAGCAGCGUGGGUUAAUUGAUGGAGAGGGAUGCUCUGCAGAGAGGAGAGCGACCCGCUGCAUGUCUGGACCGAACACGCUGUUUGACACACAGUCCUGCACGGUCCACCGUCUGACCACCUCUGGUCUCUGACGUCCACCUGACGGUCCUCCGCUCAUCCAUCGAUCCCCCUUCUCUCUCUCUCUCUCUCUCUUCAUCGCUUGUCGACGGGCCCACGGUGCUCUGCGUGCUGUGGAAACAUCCAUCAUCUGCUACGCUUUUUGGAUGCUUCAUCUUCAGCACCGAAAAUCAAUCUGAAUCGUUUGGAUCACACACACGUAUGAGGGGAUAAGGAGGCGUCGUGCCCGGCAGACAUCACUGCUCCAUCCUCCAUCCUCCCUCAGCGAGCCAUGAAACAACAAUAAAACGUCGGUGGCAUUAUUUCUCCUCCUGUCUGCUGUCGGUCUGUUUUACACCGAGGCCAUUCCUGUCAGUUGAUGCGAUGGCUGUGUUGCUGGUACUUCUUCUCUCCGUGCUCCUCCUGUCCCUCCACACGCCCAGUCGAGCGUCUCCUUCCUGCCCUGUAAGCUGUCGCUGCUACAGCCUCACUGUGGAGUGUGGCUCCACCGGCCUGAGGGCCAUUCCCAAACACGUUCCUCCAUCCACACAGACUGUCUUUCUUCAAGACAAUGUGAUUGGUCAGAUACGUCGACAGGACCUCACUCUGCUGAGGCACCUGCACUACCUGUACCUGCAGAACAACACCAUCUCAGCAGUGGAGCCAGGCUCUUUUCAGAACCAGGGUCAGCUGUUGGAGCUAGCACUGAAUGGGAAUCGGAUCCACCUUGUGACGGCCGACAUGUUUCAGGGACUCGAGCAUCUCCGCAUUCUUUACCUAGCAGGAAAUGACAUCACACGCCUACUUGACUACACCUUCCGUGGCUUACAGCGUCUGCAGGAGCUCCAUUUGCAGCACAACAGUAUAGAGAUGCUAGCAGAUCAGGCUCUAGUUGGCUUGACUUCUCUGGCUCUGCUGGACCUCAGCAGGAAUAAUCUUCACACCAUCGGCCCUGCAUCCCUGCGACCUCUGGUCAGCCUGCAGGUGCUGCGAAUCACAGACAACCCAUGGCGCUGUGACUGUGCUCUCCACUGGCUGAGGAGCUGGAUUGAUGAGGAGGGCCAGCGGCUCCUCAGCUCUGCCGAACGUCGGCUGGUCUGCACCGAGCCGCCGCGCCUCUCCCACCUCAGCCUUGUGGAGGUCCCCCUCAAUAGCCUUGUGUGUAUCCCACCACUGGUGCAACUUGAGCCCAGGAGGCUUGCUGUGCGCCUCGGAGAGAGCCUCAGGGUGUCCUGCCAUGCCUCGGGUUACCCUCGACCACAGGUGACCUGGAGGAAGGCGUCCCAGGGUAAAGUAGUGCUGUCUCCCAGAGGACUGGUUCAGGAGCUGGGUGCUGGAGGAGGUACAGUGAGCAGAGCAGAGGAGGCUUCAGAGGAAGGCAGAGUCAGUCUGCAAAAGAAUGAAGGAGAGCGCUUCGACCCUGACACCGGGAGUGGAAUGUUGUUUCUCAGUAAUGUCACUGUGGCUCAUGCAGGUUUCUAUGAAUGUGAAGCCUGGAACGCAGGAGGUGUCGCUAGGGUGACCUUUCAACUUGCCAUCAACUCAUCCACUUCCUCCUCCUCCUCUUCCUCCUCCAUUUGGGCCUCGUGGUCCCAGGUGGCCUCGCCAUACUCCCCAGUCUGGCCCCGACUAAGGAGCCACGGUCCUGCUUUGGGCUCGGAUGUGAGCCGGGAGCCCCUGUAUGCUCUCGGCAGUAUGGCUUUUAGUGCCCUGGGAGCUGCCACUCAGACUGCCAUCGCUGUGGGUAUCUCUCUGCUGGCUCUGACCGCUCUGCUGCUCGUUGCUAUGAUCUACAGCCGACAUCACCAACGAGACAAGGAAACUGAUGGAGCUGAGAAGGAGGAGAGCAUCCUGUAUGUGAAUGACUACUCUGAUGGUCCCACCACCUUUGCCCAACUGGAGGAGUACCGUGACGAGCGUGGUCAUGAGAUGUAUGUCCUCAACAGGGCCAAGCCUGUGCUGCCUCCCGCUCCACCCACAGCUGUUUCCACCACUAAUCUGGGUUGUCCCGCUCCAUCUGACACCUCCAGCCACACCCUGUCUUCUGGGCCAGGCCAGACCAUGAGUCCCACUCUGGCCCCGAAUAAACAGCAGCAGCAGCAGCAACAGCACCAGCAGCAGGAGGGCGACAUACGGACCAUGAGGAGAAUGGCAGGGGAGGGAGGGGAGGCCGAGCCUGUGAUCACAUCAGAGGCUGAAGGAAUGUUUCUUAAUCACACGGGCCUGUUCAUGGACUCUCAGAUCGCCUACGAGAUCCACUGCUGAAGAGGAAAGAAAAUCCACUGCAGCACAGAGGGUUUGUGUGUGUGAGGGAGUGGUUUACAGCACAUGUGAAGAAAGUCAGGGUGUCACUGCUGGAAUCUACUGGCAACUGACUCACCUGUGUGGAACGAUUUACUUACUACAAGACUCAUCCACGCCUAUUGGAGAAGGUUUGCAUAUCUGGCACAGCUCACAAUCUGGUUUAUCAAAUCAAUAACAUUGAGACUUUUCAAUGGACACACUGUGACACCAAAACAUCAGUGGUGAGUAGACUGGUGGACAGACCAGUGUCAUUCAAAUACCCUACACUUAAAGACAAUUAUAAGUGGACUCAGGUAUAGACUGAGCUGCACAUGCUAAAUACACAUGGACAUCUGGGUCAGCAUUUAUCAGAACUACUUUCAUACCAGAAACCUUCCACCGUCUUUGCUGUACAAGAGUCAACGUCUGUCUUCUCGAAAACCCAGAUAAAGUUCACAGUUGACGGCAGCAGGGUGAGUAUGAUAAAAGGGGGAAAUCAUGGGAACUUCCAGUUUAUGAGCAUGUGGGAACCCUACUGUGUUUUAUAAUGUUAAUAUUUGGACAUGUUUAAAUUGAAUCUCAGACUGUGCAGGCUGUUGAGCAUUACAGUGAGGGUGUGAGGCAGACACAGCUGAACUUUGUAACUAUUUAUUUAAAAGUGUGGGAACAUGUUAAUCAUCACAGAGAAGGAUUUAAAGGAGUCUUCAUCUUUUGUCAUACUAAUCAGUUCUGAUAACUAUCCUGUCCGAUCCCAGAUAUCAACCAAAAGUCAAACUCGCAUCUGUGUCGUGAAGUACAACUCUGGCUCUCUUUGGGUUUAGGUUCUCAUUCGUGAUUCUGGAUAACUGAAGCUGGUUAUCACAUGGCUCAGUUCUCCCCUGGGUUUUUCAGGGUCCUAUGAAAGAGGUAGACUUCUUAAUUAGAGGCUUAAUUACAGCGUCAACAGAUCAGAAGUAUUUAAUGUGAAAUAACAUGAAACUUAUUGGCUGUUACAAUGGCAGAAAGUAAUAUUCAGUAAGAUAAUUAUGGAAUAUUAUCACAAAACUGAGGCCUAUUAAGCUACAAAAAGAUAGAAGAGAGAAGAGAUAUUAAAAAUAUUAAAAGUGGUCACAUUUCUGGGAUUACCUCAUUGGCCAUCAAACAUGAUCUGUAUUCUAGUGUCUCGGAGUGAACACAAUAUCCAAUGAUUACAUUAAGAAAAAAAAGAGAUGCCUCAUAAGAUCUCACUGAAUGGUUGCAUUUGAUUUUUUUUUUUCAAUAAAAAGGCUACAGCAGACCUGUUUUCAUUGAGCCAACAAAUAUUUAACAUUUGUAUUCUGAAUGACCCCCUCUCUCUUAACUACUCUUCUAUCAAUUGUACAAUAAAGGGCCUUCUGUCCCUGUCGAGAUCCUGCAGGAAUGAUGACUGGGCCAAGAGCACCAGCAACAGCCUCCUAUCUUUGAUUCUGUUUAUGUUUUUAUAUAAGUCAUGUGUGUUUGUGUUUAUCCAAGGUAUAUCCAGGGAAGAGGGAGUGCUUGGGUUCUUCAUUAACAUAUUCUGACAGCUCAUGACAAAAGUGUCCAAAGUUUGGAUUGAAGUCAGUCCAUUUCAUUUUGUGUAUGUGAAAUUUUUUCCCAUUAUUAAAACCAAAUGUACAAAGAGAAUAAAAUCUUUGCUCAGCUCA